AUGGCUGGCAAUCAGAAUCAUCUUUGUGGCUCAGACAGGAGUUGGAAUUCUGGGAAAUAUUUUGCUCACAUCUUCAUUCCCCACCCUGAACGAAAGCUAAAACACCUGGAUUUGAUUCUCAAAAACUUGAUUUUGGCCAACUGGUUGGUUCUUCUCUCCAGAGGAAUUCCUCACACAAUAGUAGUGUUGGGGCUGCAAUAUUCUAUGGGGGAUGUUGUAUGCAAAUUCAUCAUCUACCUUCACAGGGCAGCCAGGGGUGUGACUCUUGGUACUACCUGUAUCUUGAGUGGCUUCCAGGCCAUCACAAUCAGCCCUAGCCAUCACCAAUGGGUGAAACUCAAGGCCAAAGACCCCAAGUACAUGGCGUGUUCCAUUAUCUUCUGCUGGGUUCUUCACAUGCUGGUAAAUAGUGCUUUUCCUAAGUACAUUACAUGUACAAAGGCAAGCAACAACCAUACCCAAUACAGACUCCUGGGGUGCUGCUCCAGUAUAAUUGGUGAGAAAACAGAAUCCUUAUUGCACUCUGUGGUGCUGGCUUCCGUUGAUGUGCUGUCUUUGGCGUUCAUGGUGUGGGCCAGCAUCUUCGUGAUGCUCAUCUUGCUCAGACACAAGCAGAAUGUCCUACACGUCCGCAGCAAGAACCUCUCUUCCAGAUUCUCUGCUGAGACCAGAGCUUCCCAGACCAUCUUCAUUCUGCUAAUCACAUUUUUCUCUCUAUACUCCCUAUCUUCAUUCUUCAUCUUUUAUUUGUCUCACGUUGACCGACCCAGUCCAUGGCUGGUGAACAUCAGUGCACUCUUAGCUACCAGCUUCUCCUGUUUAAGCCCAUUUGUGCUCAUCAGCAGGGACCCACAUUUCUACAGGCUGUUUUGCCUGCUGCCCAAAAGUGAACAACUUCUGUAA